GGUGUCUUCAUAAGAUGCCGGCACGGCGGCGGCGCCCGGCUUUCCCCCCCCAAGAUGGCGUCCAUGCGGGAGAGCGACACGGGCCUGUGGCUGCACAACAAGCUGGGGGCCACAGACGAGCUGUGGGCGCCGCCCAGCAUCGCGUCCCUGCUCACGGCCGCGGUCAUCGACAACAUCCGCCUCUGCUUCCACAGCCUCUCGUCGGCCGUAAAGCUCAAGCUGUUGCUUGGGACGCUGCACCUCCCGCGCCGCACGGUGGACGAGAUGAAGGGCGCUCUCACGGAGAUCAUCCAGCUGGCCACCCUGGACUCGGACCCCUGGGUCCUUAUGGUGGCUGACAUUCUGAAGUCCUUCCCCGACACAGGUUCGCUCAACCUUGAUCUUGAAGAACAGAACCCCAACGUUCAGGACAUCUUAGGGGAGCUACGAGAAAAGGUGAACGAGUGUGAAGCGUCGGCCAUGUUGCCACUGGAGUGCCAAUACUUGAACAAAAACGCCCUGACCACCCUCGCCGGACCCCUCACUCCCCCAGUGAAACAUUUUCAGUUAAAAAGGAAACCAAAGAGCGCCACGCUGAGAGCAGAGCUUCUGCAGAAAUCCACUGAGACUGCGCAGCAGCUCAAGAGGAGUGCGGGCGUGCCCUUCCACGCCAAGGGCCGGGGGCUGCUGCGGAAGAUGGACACCACGACCCCACUCAAAGGCAUCCCGAAGCAGGCGCCCUUCAGGAGCCCCACGACCCCCAGUGUAUUCAGCCCGGCCGGGAACCGGACGCCCAUCCCGCCUUCGAGGACACCUCUGCGCAAGGAGAGGGGCGUGAAGCUGCUCGACAUUUCCGAGUUAGACAUGGUCGGCGCCGGCCGGGAGGCGAAGAGGAGGAGGAAGACGCUGGAUACGGAAGUGGUGGAGAAGCCAGCCAAGGAAGAGACGGUCAUCGAGAACGCCACCCCAGACUACGCAGCCGGCCUGGUGUCCACGCAGAAACUCGGGGCUUUGAACAACGAGCCUGCGCUGCCCUCCACGAGCUACCUGCCUGCCACACCCAGCGUGGUCCCAGCCUCAUCCUAUGUCCCCAGCUCUGAGACCCCACCAGCCCCAUCUUCACGGGAAACCAGCCGGCAACCCGAAGAGCCCAGCACCCCAAGCCCGGCGCUGCCGUCGCAGUUCAAGCAGAGGGCUCCCCUGUACAACAGCGGCCUGAGCCCGGCCACGCCCACGCCCACAGCGCCCACCUCACCUCUGACGCCCACCUCACCCUUGACGCCCACCACGCCCCCAGCUGUUACCCCCAUGGCCCAGGCACCUCCGGUGGCCAUGGUGGCCCCGCAGACCCAGCCCCCCGCCCAGCAGCAGCCUAAGAAGAAUCUGUCCCUCACGAGAGAGCAGAUGUUUGCCGCGCAAGAGAUGUUCAAGACGGCCAACAAAGUCACGCGGCCGGAGAAGGCCCUCAUCCUGGGUUUCAUGGCUGGCUCCCGAGAGAACCCGUGCCAGGAGCAGGGUGACGUCAUCCAGAUCAAACUGAGCGAGCACACGGAGGACCUGCCCAAGUCGGACGGCCAGGGCAGUACCACCAUGCUGGUGGACACGGUGUUCGAGAUGAACUACGCCACGGGCCAGUGGACGCGCUUCAAGAAGUACAAGCCCAUGGCCAACGUGUCCUAGGGGCCGCCUGCUCCGCCACCUCUGCCCCCGGCCUGCGCAAGCUGCAGUCGCCUCUGGCGUUUUGGACUCUUUUUAAAUUUUAAUGUGGGUUACUUUUUGUUGAUCUAAGAUACAUUUUUGGAUUCAAUAUUACACUUUUGAAUGUUAAGGUUAACCAAAAACGUUAUUACUUCCUAAUGUUAGCAACACUUCUGCCUGGUUGACUUUUACCUUUUUUAUUUUUCUUAAAAUUCCACUGACCGUGAGGGAAGGCGUUUCCUGGCUCGUGCAGCGCUUGCCCUGCCCCACGAGGUUGAGGGGACCAAAGGGGGUGCCCGGCUUGGCUGACAAGGCGGGGGGUGGCCGGGCCACGCUCACCACCGCUGUUUGUAUGGCUGUUGUAUAGUUCUGAGCAGAGACCAGCCUCGCUGCCUGUGUUCACUGUCAGACCAGCUGAGUCACUCAGGGAGCCCAGAGCUGUGCUCCGGCCGGUCGUCCUGUCCGCAGGCGCUGUCGGAGCCUGGGACUCAGCCAGCCGCAGGCCUGGGAGGUCAGCAGCUCCCCCCUCUCCCGACCACAUCACCUUUAAUGGGGUGUUGGGAACCAACUUACUAUUUUUAAAAUAAAAAAACAAUUUUUCCAAAAUCGGAACUACA